AUGGCAUCCACAAGCACAUCAGGUGCAGCCGUCGUGCCUGGUGCGGGCACCAACGGUCGACCCAUCGUGUUCAUGGACAUCUCGAUCGGUGACACUCCCGCUGGUCGACUCAAGUUCGAGCUCUUCUCCGACAUCGUCCCUCGUACUGCCGAGAACUUUCGGCAGCUCUGCACCGGCGAGUUCCGCCCGAAUCACGUACCUGAGGGCUACAAGAACUCGAUCUUCCACCGCAUCAUCAAGGACUUCAUGUGCCAGGGCGGUGACUUUAUCAACGCCGACGGCACCGGUUCGCGCUCCAUCUACGGCGACAAAUUUGAUGACGAGAACUUUCACCUCAAACACGACAAGGCGGGUCUGUUGAGCAUGGCCAACUCAGGACCAGGAACAAAUGGUUGCCAGUUCUUUGUGACUGCCCAGCCGUGUCCCUUUUUGGACGGCAAGCACGUCGUGUUUGGCAAGGUGGUCGACGGGUUGUUGACCUUGCGAAAGAUGGAGAAUGUUCCUACGGGUGCCAACAACAGGCCCAAGAUGGCCGUCAAAGUCACCCAAUGUGGCGAGAUGUAG